UACUUUUUGUCUAUGCUGUAUACUGGUUGUUUCGUCUGCAACCUCCUACUGAGAUUUUUUUAUCUUAUCUGAAACGCGGAAAGUGUGUUGGAAUUGUAAUAAAAAAUGACAUUCAACAUAUUGAAAUGCCGUCUUUCUAAUCACAGCUUGCGCUUAUUAAGAAAAUUUAUCGUUACUAGAAACUGUUUAUCAUCGAAAUUAUAUAUGUCUACCUCGACAGUUACAAUGAAUAAAAAGGAGCAGGGACACACAGGCUAUAGAAUAGAACGAGAUACAUUUGGAGAAUUAAAAGUCCCAAUAGACAAGUAUUACGGUGCACAAACUCUUCGAGCAGUAAUGAACUUUCCAAUUGGUGGUACAUUUGAACGUAUGCCUUAUGGAGUAAUAGUUGCUCUGGGUAUAUUAAAAAAAGCUGCUGCGGAGGUAAACAAAGAAUGUGGCUUUAUGGAUGCUAAAAUUGCUGAUGCCAUUAGCAAAGCUGCCGAUGAUGUAAUAAGUGGAAAAUUAUAUGACGAUCAUUUUCCUUUAAUUAUUUGGCAAACUGGAUCUGGUACUCAAACCCACAUGAAUGUCAAUGAGGUUAUUGCCAAUCGUGCAAUUGAAAUACUUGGUGGAGAACUUGGUUCGAAAAAACCUGUACAUCCGAAUGAUCAUGUUAACAUGUCACAAAGUAGCAAUGAUACAUUUCCAUCGGCUAUGCAUGUAGCGGUUGCUUUAGAGAUUCAUAAAGUAUUAAUCCCAGGCUUGGAAAAAUUACAUGAAGCAUUGAAGGAAAAGUCAGAAGAAUGGAAGAAUAUUAUAAAAAUUGGUAGAACACACGCUCAAGAUGCGGUUCCAUUAACAUUAGGUCAAGAAUUUUCAGGAUAUACCAUGCAGGUGAAAUAUGGUAUUCAGAGAGUGAAAGCUGCACUUCCAAGAUUAUAUCAAUUAGCUCUUGGUGGUACAGCAGUUGGAACUGGAUUAAAUGCGCGAAAAGUCGCUGUAGAAAAGAUAGUUGCAAAAGUUGCGGAAUUCACUGGUUUACCAUUUGUCCCUGCUCCAAAUAAAUUUGAAGCUCUAGCUGCUCAUGAUGCAAUAGUUGAAGUACAUGGUGCUUUUAAUACAGUGGCUGUUUCUCUUAUGAAGAUUGCAAAUGAUAUUAGAUUUCUUGGAAGUGGACCUAGAUGUGGAUUAGGAGAAUUAUCUCUUCCGGAAAACGAGCCUGGGAGCUCUAUUAUGCCUGGAAAAGUAAAUCCUACGCAGUGCGAAGCAAUGACUAUGGUGUGCAGUCAAGUAAUGGGCAAUCAAGUGGCAAUAAGUAUCAGUGGCAGUAGCGGUCACUUUGAACUUAACGUUUUUAAACCAAUUAUGGUAGCCAAUGCUCUAAGAUCCGCAAGAUUGUUGGGUGAUGCCAGCGCAUCGUUUACAAAGAACUGCGUCAUAGGCAUUGCUCCCAAUCUUGAGAGAAUAGAAAAGAAUUUGUCUGAAAGUUUGAUGCUUGUCACAGCAUUGAAUCCAUAUAUUGGUUACGAUAAGGCUGCUGCAAUUGCUAAACAUGCACAUAAAGAAAAACUCACAUUAAAAGAAUCUGCAGUGAAACAUGGAAUAACAGCGGAACAGUUUGAUCAAUGGGUUAAACCAGAACAAAUGCUUGGUCCAAAAUAAUAUUUUUAUUCAAAAAUAUUUGCUGGCAAUACUUUAUUAUAUUAUUGUUUAUCUUGAUCAAUAGGAUCUAAUGUAAAGAUGUAUAUUAAUAAAUGCAGUGCAAAUAUUGGUAUAUUUUA